AUGAUAUUAUUAUCACAAAUACAAAAGUAUUGGAACAUAUUAUUUAUUCUAUUCAAUAUACUACUUAUUUUAUUUGAUUUAGCAUUAUUAAUAUUACCUUUCAGAAUAUUAACUAUCCUAUCGAAUUAUAAUAUAAUUUUAGAUUUUUUUAAACCAAUUCUAUAUCCAGUGAUUAUUUGUAGUGGAUUUCUUGGUUUAUUAAGUAUAUUCAUUGGAUUUAUUGGGAUAUGGAAGAAGAAAAAUAUCUUGAUUUGCAUGCAUAUUAUUGGAUUGAUUAUUGCAACAAUUAUUGAAAUUUCUAUAUCGAUUAGUUCAAGUGUAUCAAAUAAUCAAUAUUUUAAACCAGCAAAUCAAUCCUUAUGGAAUUCUUUACAAUAUUAUCAGAAACAUCCAAUUUAUGAAAAUCAAUUUGAGAAUUUACAAAAAGAUUUUGAAUGUUGUGGUGUUAGAUCAUCAAAAGAUUAUGCUAAACUUGUAGAUUAUUUACCAUUUACUUGUGAAAAAGGAAAUGCAAUUCAUCUAAAAGGUUGUGCUGAAGCAUUAUAUGAAUAUAUAGAACAGUCUAUUAUGAUAAUAAUAUAUAUAUGCAUUGCAUUCGCUAUUAUUAAAGCAAUCUAUUUGGCUAUUUCAAUUCUUGUUUAUCGUAAAUCGGAUAAGAAUAAUUUAUCUAUAUAG